UGUAAGCGACGUCUACUAAGCCUUUGGUUUACUUCCAGUUGUCUUGUCUCUCUGCAAAUACAUGUUCAUAUCCAUGCCCAUUUCAUAAUGCCGAAUAGAGGCGGUAGAAAUUCAUCGGGCCCGUGGGGCCGCCUCAAGCCCGUGGAGCAAGACCCCUUGGAAAGCAUCGGGCUCCCAUCCAAGGGCGACACCAGGUUACUGGACCUCAAGACUCAAGAGAACUACUACACCAAGAUAGUGGAGCGCUACAUGACGUUUUGCUCCGAUGCAGGUCAGCGGGACGAACUCCUUCGGAGGUUCUCGUCACUGGAAAUAUCAUCAUCAAAACCAGGCUCGACUCCCGCUAGCUCUCGACCUGUUCUACCCACAGUCGAUCAUGAAAAGCUUCAGAACCCUGCCAACACCAAGGCUCUGUCCGAUGUCAUGGCGGCUCUACGAAAACUUAGAGAGGGCAUUGUCGCCACGAAGCGGGCUGAUGAUUUCGCUGCACAGGCCUAUCUUUUCUGCAUUCGACUCUCCAUAUUAGUCAAACAUCCCGAAUCCUAUCACCCAGCCAUUCUUCACCUGCUGCGUUCGAUUCACCCGCAGCAGCCCCUCACAUCUGUCGAACUGCAAGAGGUAGUAGGCUACCUGGUACUAGAUACGGCUUGUCGACGCGGGGAGUUGGCAGAAGCCUUUGCUCUGCGAAAGAGAUAUGAGUUGAAGGACUCCAAAGUAAACGCGGCACUCACAGCAUUGACGCACGACAACUAUGUCGUGUUUCAGAAAGUGAAGCGGAGUGUAGAUGGGCAUCGGGCAAAGAUUAUGGAGUGGGCGGAAGGGGAUGUGAGAAUGCACACCCUCAAAUGCUUUGGAAGAACGUAUUUGUCUGUCGAAUUGGAUUUUUUGGAAAAGACAACGGGAUCAAAGUGGUUGGACCUGAAGCAGGCUGACGGGGUUGGCUGGGACCUGGAGGGAAGCAAGGUGGUGAUUCGCAAGGUCAGGGCACGGUAAUGGCGGAGCACACCAAGGAGGCCAUGGUCCCUGAAAUGUGGUGGUUUUUAUUUAAACGCCCACGAUACUAUGUUAGAGACGUGUGUGAGCUGGCAUGUUUCUCUGACAACUGUCAGCCAGCUGGCCCUCCGGAAUGCCUCGAUCGAAGCUCCAGCAAAAGGGGAUUCACCCACCACCCUCCGUGGGGGGGCCAUUAUCAACCAUUCACUUUACCCUCGUAACGGG